AUGUCCAAUACGUUGGAUUCGCACGCGACCUGGGACAAAAUGCCGAAGCCCUGUCACCAGAAGGAGAGAACGUUUUAUAGUCCCGAGAAUCCGCAUCCCGACGCUGAAAAAUAUAUGCACGAGACACGCACCACCGGAGUCUACCCGGACAUUUACCCGCCACACGUGUGGUUUAGUUUUCCACUCGAAUUUAAAAAUGAAGUUCGCAACCGCAGAAGUGGGCUCUCAUAUUUUUGUAAAUCGCAAAAGCCUGAUAUUUCAGAAAGUCAUUUCCGUCCUCAAUACUUGGCAUCUGAUGCUCGGGAUAAAAUAUCGCCAGAGCAAAAGAGAGAGCACAAAACACGUCCGGAUCAACGGAGAACACAAUACCAAUCCCAACAAGUACCGAUUCACCUGAAAUCCCACGAGGAGGAGCUGUCGGAUGACAAUUUCACUGCUACUUACGAUGCGGCAGUUUGGAGUGCUCUUCCAACUGUUAUCCAAGAUGAAAUCAACAGACAGCGCAAGCUGAAGCUCCGUAAGCAUUGCCUUUGAAUUUUUCCGCACAACUGUUUUCAGAACGUGCCAGCAACAUGCCCUCGUUGUGA